AGCUCAUUCCUGUUCUGAGGCGGUGGUGAACAGCUGCCUGCCACUGUCCCUCCAAAGUCAGGGCUCCCCUCCUACAUACCUCUUACAAUGCGAGGUUCCCCUCUCAACCCUGGCUGUGGAGAGGAGGUGGAACUGGAAGUGCCCAUCUGGAGUGAUGUGGGCCCAGGCGGUACCGAUUACUUGAGCUAGUUUUCCUACCCUCUGCAGAGAGGGAAAGGAAUUGGGGGAAGGGACAUGGCGGCCUAGAGCUAGAAGGGCAGGGCCAAGUCGGGCUGCGCAUGGGUAGGAGGCUCGGGAAGUGGAGACGGAGAUGGGAUUCAGCGAGCGGAGGCGCUUAGAGAAAAGGAAAAGAGGGAACGGCCCACGCUCGGCGGCAUGUUCGGCUCAGACAAAGACAAGCUGGUAGCACGCAGUAGGCACUAAGAACCGUCUGCCUGAUCCCCCCUACAAGAGCUGAGACAACCAGGAGGCCGCGGUGCAGGCCGGAAUGUUCCAAGCUCUGGGCAGCCAGGUUUGGGAGCGGGAACAAGGUCUAGGACGCCAGACGUUGCCAGGUUCCACGCGGUCCCGGGUGAGGCCCGCCAGCGCGCCUGCCGGCGCCAUGGGAAGGAACCGGAGUCGCUGCUGCUGCUGCUCCCCGCCGGCGCGCGCACGACUUGAGCCCAGCUGCGGGCAGCCCCCGGCCGCGGGUCCUCGAGUGACGCUGGCGGCGUCUGGGAGCUUGGCGCGGGCCCGGGGCCACGUCGAGGAACCCAUUGUACAGUGAAGCAGCCGAGGACCCGCCGCCCGCGCCGCCGCCAUGGUUAUGUCCCAGGGCACCUACACGUUCCUCACGUGCUUUGCCGGUUUCUGGCUCAUCUGGGGUCUCAUCGUCCUACUCUGCUGCUUUUGCAGCUUCCUGCGCCGCCGCCUCAAACGGCGCCAGGAGGAGCGGCUGCGUGAGCAGAACCUGCGCGCCCUUGAGCUGGAGCCCCUUGAGCUUGAGGGCAGCCUGGCAGGGAGCCCCCCGGGCCUGGCGCCCCCGCCACCCCCUCACCGCGGCCGUCUUGAGGCGCCGGCGCACGCCCACCAGCACGUGCACGUGCACCCGCUGCUGCACCACGGGCCCGCGCAGCCACACGCGCACCCGCACGCACACCACCACGCGCUUCCGCACCCGCCGCCGCCGCCGCACCUAUCCGUGCCGCCCCGGCCCUGGAGCUACCCCCGCCAAGCGGAAUCGGACAUGUCCAAGCCACCGUGCUACGAAGAGGCGGUGAUGAUGGCCGAGCCGCCGCCGCCCUACAGCGAGGUGCUCACGGACACGCGUGGCCUCUACCGCAAGAUCGUUACGCCCUUUCUGAGCCGCCGCGACAGCGCGGAGAAACAGGAGCAGCCGCCGCCCAGCUACAAGCCGCUCUUCUUAGACCGGGGCUACACGUCGGCUCUGCAUCUGCCAAGUGCCCCACGGCCUGCGCCGCCCUGCCCUGCGCUCUGUCUGCAGGCGGACCGCGGCCGCCGGGUCUUCCCCAGCUGGACCGACUCAGAGCUCAGCAGCCGAGAGCCACUGGAGCACGGAGCUUGGCGCCUGCCGGUCUCCAUCCCCUUGUUCGGGAGGACUACAGCCGUAUAGAGGGCGCCCGGCGUCCCGAGCCCCACCCGCGGACUCCUGGCCAGAUUGCGGGGCUUUUUAAAUGCUUCUCUUGGACUGCGGGGGGUGUGGGGGUGGGGCGGGAGGGAGGGAUUUCUUACCCCGUUUGUUACAUUUUGAGGAUAAUAAAGGUGUGUGAUCUGGUUUGGUACAA